UUCAAAAGGCAAACCAAAGCAUAUUUUUAAAAUAUUCCCCCUCUCUCUCUCUCCAUUAUUGAAAGAAAAAGGAAACCCUGUUGCCUUCUUCCAUUUAAUCCUAACAAACACCUCUUUACCUAAUUUCUCGUCCUCGGCAUCUAUAUAAACAUAUUAGAGGAGGCAUCAUCAUCAUCAUUUGGGAAAGGAAAGUGAGAUUAUUGAAUUUUUGAAAGUUUGAAGAAAUGGCUGCAAUUGCUGUGGGAAUGAUUAAUGGUAGAUCGAUGAUUAAUCAGAGGAAAUUUUUGGAUAACACGAACGAUCAGAGGAAGAAGAAGAUGAAUAAGAUAUGUUGUUCUGCGAGUAGUUUAACCGAUCAGUACAAAACCUUAAGAAUUCAACCUGGUGCUAAUGAAACUGAUGUCAGGAAAGCUUUUAGACAACUUGCUUUGAAGUAUCAUCCUGAUGUAUGCAAAGGAAACAAUUGUGGAGUUCAAUUCCACCAAAUUAAUGAAGCAUAUGAUACGCUGAUGAGUUAUCUAAGAGGGGAAAUGAACGAGGAGAUGGAUUUGUCUCAACAGUACAAAUAUGUUGAUGAAGAUGAUGAGAUGAGAGGAAUGUGUGAUUCUGAUUGGGACAUGUGGGAAGAAUGGAUGGGAUGGGAAGGAGCUGGAAUCCGUGAUUACUCAUCCCACAUUAACCCUUACAUAUAACUAAUUCAUCUCAUCUCGGCUCGCCCCCGGAGUAUUUAAUCGGAUCUAGUGGCGGCGGCGCGAACAACAACUGUUUUGCUGUAAAUAGUCUCUUUUUUUAGAAAACGAAUGGCGACAGAAAUACAGAAUAAUUUCUGGUGCCAAAAUGUAAAUAGAUUUAGAUGUGAUAAUCUCCGUACAACUUGGUUUGUAAUGACAAAGAGAAGCCCGAUUAAGAGCGGCUUUGCAAUGUAACAACAACAAGUGCGGACGAUAAUAAAUUUCUUCUGUUUCUCUUA